AUGGCACUCACCGCCGUCUCUUCUCUUCUGGAAAAGUACCAGAUUGACCCAAAGACAAUCGGUCGUUUAGAGGUGGGAACUGAAACACUCCUCGACAAAUCGAAGUCAUGCAAGUCAGUCCUCAUGCAGCUCUUCGGAGAAAACACGGAUAUUGAGGGGGCCGAUACAUACAACGCUUGCUAUGGUGGCACAAACGCAUUGCUGAACGCAGUCAAUUGGGUUGAGUCGUCCACAUGGGAUGGCCGUGAUGCCAUUGUGGUAGCGGUUGAUAUAGCUCUGUAUGAUACGCCUGCUGCUCGCCCGACAGGCGGUGCCGGCUGCGUGGCUAUGCUUAUUGGAGCUGAUGCGCCUUUGGUGUUGCAGCCAUUCCGCGGAUCCUACAUGAAACACUCGUACGAUUUCUACAAGGGAAAUUUCAAGUGCGAGUACCCAAUCGUUGAUGGGCAGUACUCUAAUCAAUGUUACCUCGAGGCAUUAGACAACUGCUAUGAGCGCUACCGGGCAAAGCAUCUGGCUCACAGUCGCAGUCUCACGAACGGAGCCACAAACCCCGACGCCGGUAGCUUUCUAGACACCUUUGACUAUUUUGUCUUCCACGCUCCUUACUGCAAGCUUGUUUCGAAGGCCUACGGCCGGCUCUUAUUCCAUGAUAUGCGGACGGAGCCUGCCCAUUUUUUUGAGAUUCCAGAGACCAUUAGCAGUGCGGACCAUUCUGCAUCUCUAGUGGAUAAAGGAAUUGAAAAGACCUGCAUCGCAUUGACAAGAGAAAGGUUCUUGGAACGUGUUGAGCCCUCCAUUACUGCCCCAACCAACUGCGGGAAUAUGUACACUGCUAGUGUUUACUCGGCAUUGAUAAGCCUUCUAAACAAUGUUUCUACUGAAGAACUGCAGAACAAGUGCAUUGGCAUCUUCAGCUACGGCGGUGGUUUAGCCAGUACUCUCUUCAGCAUCCGCGUGAAAGGAGACACUUCCAACAUUUCAAAGCGGAUUCGGUUGAUUGAGCGCUUGGAAUCCCGAGCUGCUGUUUCACCGCAAUUCUACAACGAGGUAAGCCUGUUCAUUGGCACCUAA